AUGGCUUCGGCCGUGGAGGUUGCGCUCAUCAAGCAAAUACAACGUUACCUGGACACUUUUGUUUACGAUAACGCACGGUUCUUAGCAGAGCGACUCGUUGCACAUAAUCCCAAUGAAGAGAACUUGCUGCUGUUAGCCACGUGCUAUUUUCGCAAAGGACAAGCGGCUCAGGCAGCUGCAGUACUGAACGGUGCAACUAGCGCCGAUAACCGUUACUUGCUGGCAUCCUGCUGCUUUCAACUAAACCGACUGAUCGAGACCGAGAGUGCGCUGCUGGGAGGUGAAAGUUACCACAUUGUCGAUCUGGAUGCGCUAAAAAAUGUGCCGGCAGGAGCGGCUGGAUUGUACUUGCUGGGACGAGUGUGCAGACGUGGCAAUAGAAGACAACAGGCUAUUGCUUGUUUCGUCAGGAGUUUGGAAAUGGAUCCGUUCAUGUGGUCGGCAUACGAGGAGUUAUGCGAGCUCGGAGCUAAUCUGGAGGCCACGCGAUUUUUUGGCGCGGCAAAUUAUUUUAAAAGCUCUGAAAUGGUGCAUGCGGAUGUAGAAAAUGACUUACGACCAGAGUUUGGUGACCUUUUGGUAAGAAGUCGACAAGAUUUUAGUGAUGAAGAUGACAAUCAUCUGGAUAUUCUCUCGGACGGCAACAAGUUUGCAUAUCAGGAACCAACACUGCAUCUUGGUCUUGAUUCGCCAAAAAGCUCAAUAAAAAAGGAGGUCAACUCAUCCAGGCCAUCAAUUUACAAGACUCCUAAAACUGAAUGCGACAGGCUAAAGUAUCCCCACAGAACGACUUUUGUAAAAAAGUCAGUGGUAGAGGACAUAAGAGCACCAAGUCGACUGAAAAAAUCUCACCGACGGCCCCGUACAGACAGUGAUGAAAACUUUCAAGCUAAUGCAAGACUGUCGUUUUCCUUUACUGAAUUUGACAGUACAUUAUCGAAUAUUCCCAAAGUAUUACAAGGAGAGUCAAUAUCUGGUCGGCAAACGUGUCAAGUCAAGGAAUCAGUAAUUGGCUCUACUCGUGACGUAGAAUAUUUUCACCAAAUGGAUGGUCGACAUGAGCUACUGCGUUUGCUCAAUUCGUUUGGCUCUAUUUAUUAUAAACUAAGUUUAUAUUUGUGUCGCGAAGCUCUUGAGAUGCUGGAGCAGCUUCCAGCCACUCAGCGUGCGUCUGGCUGGGCUCAGCAGCAUUUUGCUCGUGCAUAUUUCGAAUUGGCCGAUUAUGUGCAGGCACGUGAGAUAUAUUGUAGCUUAUAUAGACUAUACCCACAUCGAAUGGAAUGUCUCGACUUGUACUCAACAACCCUGUGGCACCUGAAGAAGGAAGUAGAGCUUUCUUAUCUUGCUCAACAAGCUACGGAUUUUGAUAAACUUUCGUGUGAGGCUUGGUGUGUUGCUGGAAAUUGUUUUAGCUUGCAAAAAGAACACGACACAGCCUUGACCUUCUUUCAGCGGGCAAUCCAAUUGAACCCAUCAUACACAUAUGCGUACACACUUUCGGGUCACGAAUACGUCGCCAAUGAGGAUUUUGAAAAAGCAGUAAAUUGCUAUCGGCAUGCCAUACGAACUGACUCAAGGCAUUAUAAUGCCUGGCGUGCGUUGGAGAUCAAUCCGCGAAGUUCGCUACUGCACUGUUUUCUAGGUAUGGUUCAACACGCCACGCAUCGAUAUGAUGACGCGCUUGUCACGCUUGAACACGCCGCCGACCUGCAACCAUUGAACCCACAAGCUCGAUUCCAGCGUGCUAACGUCUUGAUCACGCUACAAAGAUACCACGAGGCUUUGGAGGAGCUUCACAUUGUCAAGAAUUUCGCGCCGCGCGAGUCCUCAGUGUACUUUAUGAUGGGCAAGGUGGCUAAAAAGCUUGGAAAUAUCGAGGAAGCGAUGAAGUUUUUCUGCAUGGCACUUCAUUUUCAUCCAAAGGACAACAACCAGAUCAAGGCAGCUAUCGACAAAAUGAAUGAGCCUGAUAAUGAAGACGACGACGACCGUAUAUAG